AUGGAUACACAAAGCCAGAUCAGACGCUAUGAGGCUGUCAAGCACCUCUAUCAAAAAUUCGGGAGGUCUAUGCCCUGGUUUUUCUCCCUGGUGAUCUCCAAGGCCUGGGAAUUCAAGUCCUUUACCCCAACGUCUUGGAUGAUGGUGCCUUACAAUUUGAUUCAUGUUUCUUUCGUCCUUACCCCGAAAGAGUCCUCCAAAAACAUUGUGCAGAUGGCUGCUAUAAUUCCCCCCAAGACCAUUCCCCAGCUGUCCGGUCGCCCCGAAGUCACUUCCAUGAUACAAAUGGAAGAGGAAACAGGGAUAAAGAACGAGGCUGCGAGAGCCACUUACAAGUCAGCUAAUGGGCUUUAUGGGCCGGACGAGUGGCAAGACCAUGCUAGAAAUACACAUCGACAUAUCGAGGCCCAUCUGAAGUGUUAUCGAAUCGGACUACCCGAAGGCUAUUCUCUCUUCUCUCUUGGAUCUAUACAUCGUCGUCGGACAAAAGGCACGAGUGGUGAUCCUCCAACAAUCGAGGGAGGUAAUCCUGAACGGGUUGAAUGGCGUAUCCACAAUAUCUUCGAGGAUUGUAAUGAGAGCCUACCUAACCCACAUGCAAUCAUAACCCUUACCUCAGAUGUUCCGGCAAACAACGCCAAGAACUGCCUUACUCUACAUGAAAUGCAAGCUAUCCUGGGCAUCAUGGUUAUCCGGACACUCCAUAGACCAUUCUGUAGCCAUCCCCUACAUCCGCUCUUGGUCCUUUCCUACACAGGAGAAAAGCACGGAAGAAUAAUUCAGGCUUCUUUACAUGGACAGCAUUUAGUUCUGCAAUGUUCCCCACUAUGGAGUUUUGCAGAUGACAAAAAAGCACCGGUUGAACUUUUCUUGCGCUAUAUGAUAAGCCAGCUAGCCGAAGUGGCUCGAUGGGAGAAGCCAAAUCCUGCAAUUAAUUCCCUGGUGGACCCUAUUGCGACUAUGCAGUUGAAAUAG